AUGCUUUCCUCUGUCACUUUUGCGCCCAAUAGUGAACAAGGCAUCGCUUUGCGGGAUGUUUUACCACCACGAGACAAGCCAUGGUGGCGAUAUUCGUCCAUGUUAUCAUUGAAUCUGCUCCUCCUGGGAUGUGUGGUCGCCGACAUGACCAACGGCUAUGAUGGAACCAUGUUGAACGGACUGCAAAUUAUUCCUGCUUGGCAAACCUUUUUCAACAAACCCACGGGAUCCGCAUUAGGGCUGAUCACCAACGGGACCCGGAUCGGCGGAGUUGGUGCUUUAUUCGUGGUCAACCCUCUCAUCGAACGACUCGGAAGACGCCGACCUAUCGCCAUUGGAUCUGCUUUUAUGUUGCUCGGUAUUGCCUUGCAAACGGCAGCUACGAACUUGCCGAUGUUCAUCAUUGGACGAGUGAUCAUCGGAUUUGGUAAUACUAUCCAGCAGUGCUGCUGCCCGAUUCUCCUCUCUGAACUGGCCCAUCCCUCCCAGCGAGCUCAAAUUACCGGAAUUAUGAACGCAUCCGGCUCGCUCGGUCAGGUGUUGGCGGCUUGGAUUACCUUUGGAACCGCUAAGAUGGUUGCUACAUCCUGGAGCUGGCGUCUUCCCAGUCUUUUGCAGGCCUUGACGUCUAUCUUCCAGUUUGUGAUGGCUUUCGUUAUGCCAGAAUCACCCAGAUGGCUGGUUUAUAACAAUCGAAAUGAAGAAGCUCGUCAGAUUCUGGCCAAAUACCACGCCGAUGGAGAUAAUGAGUCACCGUUGUUGCAUUUCGAGAUGAUGGAAAUUGAGAGUACACUUGAGCAGGAGAAGCUGCAAUGUACUACCUCCUGGUUCGAGUGGUUCCGAACUCCCGCCAACCGCCAUCGCUUUUUCGUAAUCAUUUCUUUAGGAUUCAUGAUUCAAUGGUGUGGGAAUGCGAUCAUCUCGUACUAUCUUCACCUCAUGUUGAUUUCCAUGGGAAUUACCAACACAGAUACCCAGCUGGUUGUCAAUGGCUGUGUGACAAUCAAUGGCCUCGUCUGGGGAGUGCUUUUUUCCACCCUCAUCGACCGCCUCGGUCGCCGGUUCCUGUUCCUCGGUGGCAUGGCCGGCAUGUUCGUUGCCUUCACUUUGCUCACUGUCUUCACGGGAGUGAAUGAAUCUCAUGGCUUCUCCAUGACUGGGCUCAGCGCUGGUGCACUUUCCAUGAUUUUCAUCUUUAACUUUUUCUACAAAAUGGCAUCCCCAACCCAAGAUCCAUACUUCAUGGAAAUCAGCCCGUAUCAUCUGCGCUCCCAGACAUCUGUGAUCAAGGCGUUUGGUGACACGGGAGCAAACUUGUUCAGUGGGUUUGUGAAUCCAAUUGCGCUGGAUGCCAUUGGAUGGCGCUACUAUAUCGUGUGGUGUUGUGUGCUGAUCGGUAAUUUCACCACCAUUUACUUCUUCUUCCCCGAGACCAAGGGUUUGUCUUUGGAAGAAGUUACUCAGAUGCUCGAUGGAAAAGCCACGUUGAAGGAACAGGCUUUGAAUGAGGGCGACGAAUCAAGCUUAAAGCAGCCUGUUGUGGAGCUCGAGGAACAUGUUUGA